UGGACAGUCAAUCCUUUGAUGGUUCAACUUUCCUCAGCUGUUCACAUCUCACAACGAUCGAUCAAUGGAUAUUUUAACUUUACUUUGUAUUGUCUCUGCGGCUUUUACAGGUUUAACCAAAGGCGCUGGUGUGUUGCCUGAUGUUCUGAAUGCAGCUGUGGGACAGACGGUGAUGUUCACCACAACACUGACUCCACCAGAGAAACCAUUUCCAGUCGUGGGCUGGACAUUUGGUGAAAAAAACAUAAUCACUUUUAGUGGUUUGAAUAUAACUGCACCAGAGUAUGAAGGCAGGAUCACCCUCUUCAUGUCUACUGCGUCUCUUGAGCUCAGAAAUGUGGCUCUACAUGACAGCGGAGAAUAUAGCGUUGUCAUUUUUCCACUUGGAGAAGAAUUUAAGACAGGGAACACAAGGCUGAAUGUAUAUGAGCCAGUUUCCAGUGUAAUGGCAACAGCCAGCAGCACAGACUUGGUGGAGUUCAGCAGCUCUGUCCAUCUGUCCUGCUCUGCCUCUGGAUCCUCUCUGUCUUUCCUCUGGCUGAACGGCAGCUAUGAGGUUACAGCCAGUGACAGAGUUCAACUCACUGAUGGAGGCACCAUUCUCACUAUAUUAGACGUGACCCGCUACGACCAGGGACCGUUCAGGUGUCAUGUGUCCAAUCCUGUCAGUGAUGGCACCAGUGAUCCAAUAACCUUCUCCAUCAGCUACGGCCCACACAAUAUUACUUUGACAAUGUCUCCGUUAAAAGAAUACCAUGCAGAAGGGUCAAACAUCGACCUGAUGUGCUCCGCUGACUCCAAACCUGCUGCCCAAUUUAUAUGGCUUCUGAAUGGAGUCCUGCUGUCUGAUACUGGACCAGAGCUCAAACUGAUGAACAUUCAAAUGAGUCACAGUGGGAACUACAGCUGUCAGGCCUUUAACAGCAAAACUCUGAGAUAUGAAUCAUCUCCACCUGCCACCAUCUCUGUACUGAAGAGACUAUCAAGUGCUUCAGUUACAUCGUCAACAAACGUGCCGAUUGAAGGAAACUCAGUCAGCUUAACCUGUGACGCUGCUGGCUCUGUCUUUACCAGAAAGUGGAUGAAGGAUGGCUCAGAUCUGAUCCUGUCUGACAACAUAAUACUUUACGAUGAGAACAGAGUGCUGUCUUUUAAGAGCCUGACCAAAAAAGACAGUGGAGAAUAUUCCUGUACGGUCAGCAACCCCGUCAGCAGUGAUGAAGCUAAAUACUCCAUGGAGGUCAACUAUGGACCAGAAAAUGUUCAAAUCACAGGUCCAAGUCAGAUACAUCUGACAGAGACCUUGACUUUAACCUGCUCUGCUGAGUCCAGACCACUUGCCACUUACACCUGGAUGCUGAAUGGGAUAAAGAUACACAAUUCUGCUGUGUUCACCAAAGACAACAUUCAACAUUCUGACAGUGGCAUCUACACCUGCGAAGCGAUGGAUGACGUAACUGGAAGAAAAAUGUCUGCAGACCAUGAUCUGUCUGUAACAGGAGCUCCAUUAUUUAGAGGUCAGGUUUGACAAGAACAAAGGCAGUGGGACUGUCCAGCCUGGGCCACAGAAUGACACAUCAGAAUAUGUCAAACUCCAAGUGAACAACAGUCAUCCUAAAGCGUCCUCACCUCCUUCCUAUGACGACCAGUUGCAACAGAAGGGAACAGCUCCUCAGCCUCCUAAUGCCACACAAGUUGACUCAAGUUUGCAAGAAAGCAACCACACUGGAUCUGAAGGAUCCUUAUAGGGGACUAUUUUGGACUUGAGUUUAUUUCGUCAAAGCACUUAAUCAACAGCAGUUAAUAAUCAACCAGUCUGUGACAGUUAUUGCCGUGACUGAGGUCACACAGCACAAUGCUGGCCUAUUUGCUUUCAUUCACAUAUAACAGCUUUGUUUGUCUGUGCACAGUUAAUGCAAAGUGCACAUAACAUGUGAGUGGAAAUUUUCUCUUUAUGUGAUUCAGUUGUUUGCUUGAGCAUAAUGUUUGACACCGAUGUGGUGUCAUGAUUGACUCCUCGUGUGUACUGUGUGAUUCAAUUAUGGAUUUAUGUUUUGCAUCGUACAAAAUGAAAAAUAUUGGUUAUUUAAUUAUAUUUAAUUCACCUUUCACUGGUGUGUA